GCUGAGCAGCGGAGCUUGUAGACCGAGGAGAGCAGAAGCUAACUGACUUGUGCCUGUAUUCCUGACUUUUCUUGAAAUCUCACAAAAUCACUGAAAAUGCCGCAGGCUCGUAAAAAAGUGCCGUUUAGUGGCAAGGCUAAAAAGCAGCAACUUCUCGCCAAACGUCAGAAGAAGUCUGGGAUUCCGUCAUUCACUUUACAUCGUGGUGGCGGUGGUGCUGAUGAUGAGUCCGAAAGUAGUCUACCUGGUGAUCGAGUCCAGAAAAUCAACUCACAACCAAAUGCUAGAGGGCCCAAAUCAAAACCCAACCGGUAUGCACUUCAGUUUCAUCGUGAGACUGAUGCUGAAGUUCGAGAGCGCAAAGAAGCUGUUAGGAAAACUUUUGUGCCUGUGGAUGAAAAGGAUCUCGAAAUUGACAGUGAUACCUACUUUACUCCAGACUUAGAUUUUCCUGUUCGGCCAACUUGGAACUAUGGUAUGACACCAGCUCAGCUUGAUGCUAGAGAACAUCGAUACUUUACAGAAUAUGUAUCAGCUCUAGAAAAGAAGUUUGAUUGGAAGGAUUUGAGCUAUUUUGAGUUGAAUCUGGAAACAUGGAGGCAAUUGUGGCGAGUCUUAGAGAUGUCUGAUAUAAUAUUAAUUAUUGUUGACAUUCGUUUCCCUGCCUGGAUGUUUCCACCUUCUCUGUACAAUUAUGUCACCGAAAAAUUGAAGAAAAACAUGAUACUAGUUCUGAAUAAAGUUGACCUGGCACCAGCACCUCUGGUUUUAGCAUGGAAGCACUAUUUCCAAGAAAAAUACCCAGAACUGCAUGUGCUUAUGUUCACAUCAUAUCCAGAUUACAAUCUCCGCCUGAAUGCUGAUAAUCCAAAGAAAGAAGGAGGUUUGCAAGUUCGACGGCGCAGGGGUAAAAUGCGUAUGGCUGCUGAAGGAGCCCAAAAACUAUUAGAGGCUUGCAAAGCCAUUGUCAAAGAUCAAGUUGACCUGUCUUCCUGGCAAACAAAGAUUGCUGAAGAGAUGGAAAUAGAGUUUGAAAAUGAUGAUUUGGAAGCUGAAGAAACAAUUAGUCUGAAAAAGGCAGACACCAGCUAUGUGGAACAUGUUAAGUACAAGGAUGGUACUCUUACUAUUGGUUGUGUUGGCCAGCCUAAUGUAGGGAAAUCCUCUUUGAUGAAUGCUAUUAUGGGGAAAAAGGUUGUUAGUGUUUCUAGGACUCCAGGUCACACAAAAUACUUUCAAACCAUUUGGUUAACAAAAACUGUGAGGUUGUGUGACUGUCCUGGUUUAGUUUUCCCAUCUAAAGUAAAAAAAGUCCAACAGAUAUUGAUGGGAAGCUUCCCAAUAGCUCAAGUACGUGAGCCAUUCUCUACUGUUCAAUUUAUAGCAGAGCGCAUGGACUUAAUUAAACUGCUAAAACUGCAACAUCCUGAAGGAGAUGAUGAAUGGUCUGCCAUGGAUGUGUGCGAUGGCUGGGCUAAAAAGAGAGGCUUUCUCACUGCCAAAGCUGCUCGUCUGGAUUCCUACCGAGCAGCAAAUCAUUUGCUAAGGAUGGCAUUAGAAGGCAAAAUUUGUAUGUGUCUAUAUCCACCAGGCUAUACAGGAAAGAAAGAAACGUGGGAAACACAUCCAGAAAUUGAAAUAGUUCGUUGGAUCCAAGCAAGACACACUGAUCACUGUUCAGCUCAGCCUGUCCACAUAGAUCUAUCUUCAGAUGACGAGGAAGAUUUCUCGGCAAGUCAAGCAGAAGCCGGUAGGGGUGAUGAUGAAGAAGAAGAAGGGGAUGAUGCUGAUGACAGCAGCAAUGGAGGUAGCAUGGAUGAUGAUGAUGAUGAUGAUGACGAUGAUGAUGAUGUCUCUCCUGUUGGAGCUGCCAACAAAUUUGCAGCUCUAGGGGUUGAUGAUGACUGAAUAAUGAGUGAUUUCACAUUGCAAUAAUAAUACUAUACAUUAUUAUCUAAAAGUUUUGUUUAAAAAAGAUAUAUCAAUCUACCAUUAGCUAAAAUGUAUGCUCUACUUGAAAAUAGAUUCUUAGUAUUAAAUAAAAGCAUACUCCUAAAGAUGGUCUGUUAGGUCACCAGCACAAAAUUCACCCCUUGCUGCUGUUUGUACUUGUCCUAACCAGUAUAUUUUUGCUAUGCAUUUUCACUCUUAAAAACCAUUUAAUCUUUGAAAUACUUAUGAAAUUUAUUGCCUCAAUAAUCUCUGUCUUAAUUAAGCAUACUCUUUUGUGAUAAGCAUCUGUGACCGUGUGUUACUCAUCAGUACGAUUUUUUUCAUAUUUUUGUGUAGCUAUUUUUCAUUGGUAAAGCAAAUACACAUGGUCAGAAAUUUUACCCUCUUUUGGUUCUUUCUUCCGUGAUUUUUAAUUCCAUAGAAAUGUGUGACUGAUUGUAAUGUACUCAGUGAUAAAGGUGAUAUUAAGAGGUGUGUUUAGUGCCAGAUGCAAAUAAGUUGUAUUGAUCUAUAUUGCAUUAUUAACUUAGUCUGCUUUUGCAUUCUUAUGAAGUCUGUUGCACAGUUCCAUGAUAGCUAUGUAAAACAUUAGACUACAUACUUAUUUAAUGUUUCUUUCUGUUUUCUACAUUUCUUUCACAUCACAUUCUUUGUGGACAAUGGUGCCUUAUGUAUAUGAUUAUCUGAAUUUUAAUUCCUGAAUGUGAUAAUGUCUCACAAUCAUAUCUCAAGUAUGUGAUGGUUGACAGGACUUUUACCAAAAACGCAUUUACUUAUUUUAUUUAUUCUUGUUGAAUGUAACCUCUGUACCUUGUUAUGUUUAUAUUUUGCAAGAAAUUCUCUGAUAAAUGCCUUAAACGCCUUCA